CCUUCUCCGCGUCGUCGACUCUUUUUCUCUCUCCCCAGGAUCUAACAAACGAAGGAGCCAAAGAAACAACCUUUCCCCGAUCGAUCUCCUCCUCUCUCUGUCUCUAUCGAAUUUGAUCGCUGCGUGUCGGAAGAAAGAAACAUUGUUGUUGGAGAACAACAACAUCGAGAAAACGGGAUGUCGGGGAAAGGCGCCAAAGGAUUGAUGGCUGGGAAAGCCGCGGCUCAAUCCAAAGACAAAGACAAGAAGAAGCCUACCUCUCGUUCUUCUCGCGCCGGCCUUCAGUUCCCUGUGGGACGAAUCCACCGCCUCCUGAAAUCAAGGGUCACAGCUCAUGGGAGAGUUGGUGCAACAGCGGCAGUCUACUCUGCAGCAAUCUUGGAGUACCUGACUGCGGAAGUGCUGGAGCUGGCUGGUAAUGCGAGCAAGGAUCUGAAAGUUAAACGUAUAACGCCUAGGCAUUUGCAACUAGCAAUCCGUGGAGACGAAGAGCUUGAUACCCUCAUUAAAGGAACCAUAGCUGGAGGUGGUGUCAUCCCUCACAUUCACAAGUCUCUAAUCAACAAGUCUGCCAAGGAAUGAAUUGAAACCUGAAAAGAAAAGGCCAUUCAUUUAUAGGAUUAGUUUAUUCGAGUCCAUCUGUAUUCUAAAGAUUCUUCCAUUGGUGGGUUCCGGGUUUGGUUUGAGUGUACAUUCUGCUUAAAAACUCGGAUUGAUGAUAGUUAAUUGAUACAAACCUUCCUUUGAUCUGAUUAUUUAGAAUGCCGACUUGCUACUUGUCCCAGUACUGUAUGAUUGG